CCCCAUCUCUAAACUCAAAAAAGAAACCGCUGCAUCAACUUCCUUCACUCUAAAGCUCUAUCUAUCUAGGAAGUAGGAACUGCAACUUAAAUCCCUAACCUAUUCACAGACAUUCCAUAGUUUUCGAACUCAAGCUUCAGCUACAAUGACGGCGAUGCUGCAACCCCAGAUCAUUCUGUUGAAGGAAGGUACUGAUACGUCGCAAGGCAAGCCACAGCUAGUGAGCAACAUCAAUGCAUGCACGGUGGUGGCCGAUGCUGUGCGUACGACUCUAGGUCCGAGAGGGAUGGACAAGCUUAUACACGAUGAUAAGGGUAACACUACCAUAUCUAAUGACGGAGCUACCAUCAUGAAGCUCCUCGACAUCGUCCACCCGGCAGCGAAGAUUCUCGUUGACAUCGCUAAGUCUCAGGACUCUGAGGUUGGUGAUGGAACCACCACUGUGGUACUUCUCACUGGGGAGUUUUUGAAAGAGGCCAAGCCUUUCGUUGAAGAUGGAGUACACCCUCAGAAUCUGAUACGCAGUUAUCGAACUGCAUGCUCUCUUGCAAUUAACAAGAUAAAAGAACUAGCAGUAAGUAUUGAGGGAAAAAGCCUUGAAGAAAAGAAAAGCUUGUUGGCCAAAUGUGCUGCUACGACACUCUCCUCAAAGCUUAUUGGUGGAGAAAAGGAGUUCUUUGCUUCUAUGGUUGUGAAUGCUGUCCUUGCUAUUGGCAAUGAUGAUAGACUAAAUAUGAUUGGGAUAAAGAAGGUUCCAGGGGGUACUAUGCGGGACUCCUUUCUUGUAAAUGGUGUUGCUUUCAAGAAGACAUUUUCUUAUGCUGGCUUUGAGCAGCAGCCAAAGAAGUUCAAAAAUCCAAAGAUUCUGUUAUUGAAUGUUGAGUUGGAAUUGAAGUCUGAGAAAGAAAAUGCAGAGAUCAGGCUUUCAGAUCCCUCGCAGUAUCAAUCGAUUGUAGAUGCUGAAUGGAAUAUUAUCUACGAUAAAUUGGAUAAAUCUAUACAGAGUGGUGCUAAAAUCAUCCUCUCACGAUUGGCAAUUGGUGAUCUGGCAACACAGUAUUUUGCAGAUCGAGAUAUUUUCUGUGCUGGUCGUGUGACUGAGGAAGAUCUGCAACGGGUUGCUGCGGCGACUGGGGGAACUGUACAGACGUCUGUCAACAACAUUAUUGAUGAGGUCUUGGGGUCAUGUGAGCUCUUUGAGGAAAGACAAGUUGGAAAUGAGAGAUACAACAUCUUUAGUGGGUGUCCAUCGGGUCAAACAGCAACAAUUGUUCUUCGAGGUGGAGCAGAUCAGUUUAUUGAUGAAGCUGAGCGAAGUCUACAUGAUGCCAUUAUGAUAGUCCGAAGGGCUCUAAAGAACUCUACUGUUGUAGCUGGUGGUGGUGCUAUAGAUAUGGAGAUUAGUCGGUAUUUGAGGCAGCAUGCACGGACAAUAGCUGGGAAAUCACAGCUUUUCAUCAACUCCUAUGCAAAAGCACUUGAGGUCAUUCCCCGGCAACUCUGUGAUAAUGCUGGAUUUGAUGCGACUGAUGUAUUGAACAAACUCAGACAGAAGCAUGCACUUCCUUCUGGCGAGGGUGCACUUUAUGGAGUAGACAUCAACACUGGUGGAAUUGCAGAUUUAUUUGCCAACUUUGUAUGGGAGCCAGCAGUUGUGAAGAUAAAUGCCAUAAAUGCUGCGACCGAGGCUGCUUCCCUUAUUCUAAGCGUGGAUGAGAUGGUGAAAAAUCCCCAGUCAGAGAGUGCACAAGGUGAUGCUGCUGCAAGUGCAAUGGGUGGCCGAGGACGUGGUGGAGCUGCUUUCCGUGGCCGUGGAAGGGGCAUGAGGAGGCGAUAGAUUUCCUUGUGUUCAAACCUAUCUCUUUCAGGGAGGUUUUCAGUUCAGUCUGGUCCGUAUUUUAGGUUUUUUCCCAUUUGAUUAUAAUCCUACUUGUAGGCUGUAGAUGUGUUCAAUUAUGUGCCUUGGGUUAAGAACACAUUGAUGGUCCGAAGCAUAUUCCAUCGUCAAUUGGUGAAUAUUCUUAAGGCACAGCGGCUGCAAAAGUUUGGUAUGUAAUCAAAAUUUUGAUGUAGUAAGAUGCUACUGUUAAAG